AUGGUGAAAGCAAUGCAACCAGGCCUACGCGCCUGUCUCCGCACAACCCCCUCCCGAACCCUACGAUGCCAACAAUCCCUCGCCGAACAGAAAUGCAUAGCCAUGUCUAUUUGUCCCGCACGGAACAGAAGACAUGUCGCUUCCUCCUCGUCCCCCAUACCUACCCGAAUUACACAAUUGUCGAGUCAACUACGGCGAGAUACAACGAUGGGGCUGAUGGGCGCGGAGAGGAGGUACAGCACGAGGGACGGAACGAUCGCGAAGGGUGCCGAAGGUGCUGCGGAUGUGCAUGUGGUAGAGGAGGCAGAGGAGCAGGUGCCGCGGGCGGUGUUGAGCGCUCCUGAUCAUUUGGAUGAGAAUGAGAAGAAGAUCUGGGAGCUGCUGAAUAAGGAGUUGAACUGUGUGGAUUUACAGGUUCAGGAUAUCUCUGGCGGGUGUGGGAGUAUGUAUGGGAUUGAUAUUGUGAGCGAGAAGUUUAGGGGAUUGAGUAUGCUGAAGCAGCAGAGGUUGGUUAAUCAAGUGCUUGGAGAAGAGAUUAAGGGUUGGCAUGGUGUGCAGUUGAAGACGAGGGCGCCGUGA